ACAUUUCUGUCACUGCGUCGUUCUUCCGACUCUUCCGAGCGAAGAGCGAAUUCCUAUUACUCUACGGUUUACGUUUGUGUAUUUUUGUGCAUCACUUUUAAAUAUCAAGCACAGUGUGAUGGCGACGGUGAUGAAGGUGGAGACGGAAGCGGAGGCGUGCUGCGUGUGUGGCGGCGGCGGCGAGCUGCUGUCGCCGGAGGAGCACGACGCGGCCGCGCCGCCUCUCUCCGGCGCUCCGCCGCUGCGGACUAUGCUGCUGCAGAUCAACAACAAUAAGGUGUUGCCAGAGGGCCGUAUCUGCGGUGGUUGCGCGCGCCGCGCCGCGGAGGCGUAUGAGUUCAGCUGUGCAUUGUCGGCACGGGCUGCGGCCCCGCUAGGCGAGAAGUUACGCGCCUUGCGUAGACGCUUGCACGAGCUCACACAGCGCAUUGAUGUGUUUAUUGUUGUGGGUGGAGCCGGGGCUGCUCAGGGCACAUAUAGUGAGGAAGACAUUAUUAUGGUGGAGAAAGAUGCCUUAGCUGCUGCUGCAGCUGCCGAUGAUGAGGAACUGGAGCGUGCAAGGAAUGCCCGAGGAGACCAUGUGUACCAGUGUUCUGUGUGCCCACUUUCUUUUCAGCGUGUGUCAGAAUACCGCACGCACAUGGCGACGCACCCGACGGACGCGCUGCACUCGUGCUGGACGUGCGGCGCGCAGUUCGCGGCGCCGGCCGCGCUCCGCGAGCACCAGGCCGCGCACGCGCCCGCCCCGCAGCACGCGCAGUGCAACCUCUGCCACACCCAGCUCCAGUCUCAAUCCGAGCUCCGUCGGCACGAGCAGCAGUGCCCGUCGCGCUGCCCGUGCUGCGCGCUGCUGCUGGCGGACCGCGCGGCGCUGGCGGCGCACGUGGGCGCGGCGCACGGGCGCGGCGGCGCGCGGCACGCCUGCCCCGCCUGCUUCCUGCCGCUGGGCUCGGCCGCCGAGCUCAGCGCGCACGUGCUGCGCCACCGCCAGGCCCGCCAGUUCGUGUGCGGACACGACGGCUGCAUCCUGCGCUUCGCGUCCAGGAGUAACCUGAUGUCGCACAUCCGCAAGUGCCACGGCGGCGCCGACGAGACGCCGCGGGAGGCCGACGCCACCUCCUGCGAGGAGUGCGGCCGCACGUUCGCGAGCGCGGCGGCCAUGAAGCGGCACGCGCGCGUGCACCGCAACGCGCAGGUGGAGCCGGCGCAGGCGCAGGAGGCGGAGGACGGCGCCGAGCUGCCGAUGGAGGCGGAGGAGCCGGAGGGCGAGGUGGAGUACCUGGAGCUGGAGGCGCUGGACGACGCCGCGCCGCCGCCGCCGCCCGGCCCGCGCUGACGGCCCCGGCAACCAACCGACCGACCACGAACUAUUCCGAACAUUGACACGCCUCUUCCUAUCUCUUUCGCACGCGCGUACAUAUAUUGCUGUCCCGUUCACACAUUGCUCGCCGGCAUCAAGGGCGGGACAGCGAUAUAAUUACGCCCGUGCGAUAGAAAUAAGAAAUUCUUUCAUUGUUCGAAAUUCUUCGCGCUCAGCGUCCUACUUUGCGUUCUACCGUGAAUUAAAUUAAAUAAAAAUAAAAAACAUCUAUUUCAGAUAUGUCUGAUUGACUUAAGUUUGAUUUUAUGACGUAGUACGAAAAAUACACGUGUUAGGUUUAUUUAUACCAAUAUAUAUUGACAAUAGAAGACCAAAAUACUAUGGUAUUGUCUCUAAAAUAUCCUAAGUAUACUUAGUUUUUAUGUAACAAAAUUUUUAAUACUGUGAACGCCAAAAAUACCUAAAGGCGUAAAGUCGUGCCUCUGGCGCCAAGAACGCUUCAAUGCUAUGGCUUACGUUGUCAAAGUAACCUUCAAUGUUUCAAGCGGCGGUAGCUUGGUUGCGUUUUUAUCGCCUGCCGCGUCAUGCGUCACUCUCGCACUUACUUGUUAGAACAUGACAGACGAUAAAGACGCGAUCAUCUUAGCCCUACAGUACAGUUUGUUUGUUAGCUUAUACCAGAGAUGUUGGCGUGUGCAUGACGUUCUUGGGUUUGACAGAUAGCGCUCAAAAGUAUGGAAGGUAGAGUUAAGGAAUAGAAUCUCUAUAUACCAAAAAGUGUCUACAAUACCUAGAAUACUUGAGAAAAAAAUCUAAUCAUAGCCAGCGCACUUCACUCCGGCAAUACCGCGUAGGUUCUUAGCUACUCUAGCGCUACUCUGAAGAGAUUAGGAACUAUUAUUUAUAGCUGACAGCUGGACACUUUUGCAACAGUUCUGCCUAUAGAGAUUCUGUGCCUUGCCUGUACCUUCCAUACUCGAAAGGUUAUAGAUCGUGUCAUUCACGACGACGCCUGCCUUGACUAGUAUUGUCGGUUGUCGUUGAGAUUCAAGAUGGCGAAGACGUCUCAAGAAUAUUUUUUUGUGUUUUGCUCAUUUAUGUUGUUCAAAGUGUAGUAUUGAUAUUAGCUUAUUAUGCAGUGAACUAUCGUGGAAGUGUGCAGUUAAUGAAAAACUAAUCUUGAAACGCGUUUAACCAUGUUUUAAUCAACAUCCGGCAAUCAUUGAUGUACGUAAUAGGGGUAGAUGAGGUACCAGGCGCUCGAUCGUGAGCCACAAAAUAUAGGUUCCGGGACCUAUAUUGAA